AUGCCUGCAUUAGCAGUGCCUUCCGGGAACCCCCCGAAUCCAACUGUCUAUGUCCGCAAUCUUGAAGAACGCGUCAAGAUCGACCAACUGAAAGAAGCUCUGCAAGAGAUCUUCGAGGAAUAUGGCACCAUCAUCGAGAUAAUCGCCAAGAAAAACCUGAAGGCCAAAGGCCAGGCGUUCAUUGUCUUUGACUCUGUCGAUUCGGCAACUCGCGCCAUCGAGGAGGUGAAUGGCUUCGAACUGUUCGAGAAGCCGAUGGUGUUGGAUUAUGCGAAGUCGAGGAGCGAUGCGACGGUCUUGAGAGAGGGCGGUCCUGAGGAACUUGAUGCUCACAAGAGGAGGAGAUUGGCUGAGAAAGAGCGCAAACAAGCCCAGGAAGCCCUCGAAGCACAGAAGAAACUCAAGCGUCCUGCUGGUCCUGCCGGAGCCGAACCCGGGCGUCCAGCCAAGGCUGCGAGAGGCGCGGGUCUCAAGCCUUCCAAUGCCGCUGCUGGUGCCGUUAUUCCAGACGAAUACCUUCCCCCGAAUAAGAUUCUGUUCCUCCGGGAUCUGCCAGACAACGCGGACCAGGAGAGCCUCACCGCGAUCUUCGGCCGGUUCGAGGGUUUCCAGGAGGUUCGGUUGGUGCCAGGACGGAAAGGGAUCGCAUUCGUCGAGUACGAGAACGAGACCGGUGCGAUCAGUGCGAAGGAAGCUACCUCUGGGAUGCCCAUGGGAGACAAUGGCAAGCCUAUCCGCGUUACGUACCAGAGACAAUGA